GGGAGCACUUCCUUUAAACACCCACCGCUCUCUUCCCCGUCUCUUCGGUGCUACAAAGAAUAAAAAGGGUCCCCCCCUCCCGGGAUGUUGAUGACCUGACAAACUCUAAGUACCUGUGUGUAGACAUAGGUUGGACCUGUCUGACUCUGAGCCCUCUCUCUCCACACAGAAAGCUACCUGCUGACUCAACAGAAAUCUUCAGUCUUCUCCGUGCUCCUCUCAUGCUGUCUGAGCAUGGAUGGUACACAGGACGGGGUUCAGAUCGGAGAAAACAAGUUCAUCAGCAAAGCAACAGUCCUUUCACAUCUUAAAACCUACAACCUUUAUUAUGAGGGACAGAAUCUCCAGCUGCGGCACAGAGAGGAAGAAGAGGAGCUGAUUAUUGAAGGCUUGCUAAAUAUCUUUUGGGGCCUGCGGCGGCCAAUCAGGCUUCAGAUGCAGGAUGACCACGAGCGAAUUCGACCUCCACCGUCCUCAACAUCCUGGCACUCAGGCUGCAAUCUGGACAGCCAAGGGUCUCCCAACAGCACAGACAGUCAACAAAACGUAGAACAAAGUCUUCCCACUGUGGAAGUGACUCCACCUGACAGCAAACAUGAAGACAACGGGGUGUCGGAUGAAGAGGACAGUGAGAGCUUUGCUCAGCUUCUCCGGACGAAGAGCGAUGCUGGGGUUUUAAGACGCGGCCAGCGGCGGUCUCCAAGCGACCAGAGGAAAAUUAGACGCCAUCGAUUCUCCAUCAAUGGACACUUUUACAACCAUAAGACAGCAGUGUUUACGCCUGCUUAUGGCUCAGUCACUAACGUCAGGAUAAACAGCUGUAUGACCACGCCCCAGGUGCUCCGAGUUCUCCUCAACAAGUUUAAAAUUGAAAACAGCCCCGAGGAUUUUGCACUCUAUCUUGUCCACGCAAGUGGAGAACGUGUGAAACUGAAGCGGACUGACUUUCCUCUGGUGCUGAGAGUCAUGCAGGGCCCCUGUGAGCAGGUCUGCAAGGUUUUCCUCAUGGAAGAAGACUUGGGCGAAGAAGUCACUUAUGAUGUGGCACAAUAUAUCAAGUUUGAGAUGCCUGUCCUUCAGAGUUUCAUCACCAAGUUGAAGGAAGAAGAAGACAGAGAGGUGCAGAAACUGAGAAGAAGGUAUAAUUACCUUCGGUGUAUCAUUGAAAAGCAGCUUCGUGGUCUUCCAGAAGGAACAAAGUGUAUUUAACCAAAUCCUGGUGAGGACUCAUUCACGCCUGGACACACUCCACAUUGUCCCAGCUGUCACCAACAGAGUUCAUAGACUCACAGAUGAGAUCUAGCUCCUUUGAAUUUCCUCCAAUUCACUCCACCUGCAGACAGCAUGUGAAGCCUAGCGGAUUAUAAACCUAGCGGAUUGCGUUUACAUGAUAGUUCACAUAAAGUAACAAUGGAUCUUGAUAAAAUGAAAUUACCUCUGUUUUUAUUUUAUGCUUUCCAUACACCGCACACAGAAUUGAAUUUCUGUUUUCCCGACUAAUUUUACCUUUUUUUAUUUGUUUAGCUGCCUGACUCUUAAAUCAGGGGCCGCGUCACCUGUUCUUCCUCUGGAUAUUAUUCUAAUCCCUUUCAAGCACAGCUGUAAAGUGAAAUGAUUACAGUAUUAUGAAGUGCCUCUUUUAAUAAAGCAGAAAAUCCUUACAAAUUA